AAAUAAGAUAAUGUGCCCGUAUCUUAAGCCGCAUCUCGUAGGCUAUUAAGGCGUAACGAAGACGAAGAAGAAGAAGAAGAAGAAAGAAGCGGCAGCAGCAGCAGCAAGAGGAGACGAAGAAGGAAACGAAGAAGGAGAAAUGGAGGAAUUGAAGAAGAGGAAGCUGGAAGAGAGCAAUGGUGAAGUAUCACUGUCAAUGCCUUCAGAAGAACACUUGCGAUCACUGCUUGACCCCCUCGCGAAAUCUCAGUUGGCGGAUCUUCUUGCCAAGCUAGGGUCCAAAAAUCCUUCAAUUGCAGAAGAAAUUAAAAGUCUUGCCAGUGCUGAUCCAGCCCAUCGAAAGCUUUUUGUCCGUGGCUUGUCCUGGAGUACUACAUCAGAAACCUUGUGUGCUGCAUUUCUAGAGCAUGGAGAAAUUGAAGAAGGAGCUGUGAUCAUUGACAAAGCAACCGGAAAAUCACGUGGCUAUGGUUUUAUUACCUUCAAACAUAUGGAGUCAACUCAGAGUGCACUGAGAGCACCUAGCAAACUGAUUGAUGGCCGCAUGGCUGUCUGCAACCUAGCUUGCGAGGGCUUGAGCGGGGCAAGUACCACGCCUGAUCUAUCUCAGAGGAAGCUUUACAUUGGAGGUUUGUCGCCAAAUGUCACGAGUGAGAUGCUGCUCAAUUAUUUCGGAAGGCAUGGCGAUAUAGAAGAAGGUUCAGUUGCAUAUGACAAAGAUACAAAUGAAUCACGUGGCUUUGGCUUUGUUACGUACAAAACAGUGGAGGCUACAAAGAAGGCCAUGGAUGAUCCACAUAAGAUCCUUGGGGUAAUGCUUUUAGCCCUCUAUCCACUUAGAAAUUAUAAUCCAACUUGCUUAAUGCAUGAACACUAA